GGCAGGGUCGCGAGCCUCCGCUCUCCAUGGCAACGGGCGGCUUCUAAACAGCUUUUCUUCGCGGGCCUCCCCUAGCCCCCGGACUUGUCGUGGUCGUCUUUGGCCUUCUCCCCUCGGCGUGACCGAUUCCCUCCCGCCAUGGCAGAAUUGGGUCUAAAUGAUCACCAUCAAAAUGAAAUUAUCAACUACAUGCGUUUUGCUCGUUCAAAAAGAGGUUUGAGACUCAAGACUGUUGAUUCCUGCUUCCAGGAUGUCAAGGAGAGCAGGCUGGUAGACGAGACCUUCACCGCGGAUGAAGUAACCCAUGUUCUGAAUGAAUUGCAGGGUGUGGUUCACAGUGAAGUAGAGUCUGAGCUCAUCAACACUUCCUGUACCAACGUGCUGCUUCUCCGGCAGCUGUUUUCACAGGCGGAGAAGUGGUACCUUAAGCUCCAGACGGACAUCUCAGAGCUGGAAAAUCGAGAAUUAUUAGAACAAGUUGCAGAAUUUGAAAAAGCAGAAUUUACCACUUCAAAUAAAAAGUCUAAAUCAGAGAACAUGAAGCCAUCAAGACUUGUUCCACUUAAUGAAGGUGGAACGUCAGAGCUCCUAAACAAGGAAAUUGUAAGACUUCAGGAAGAGAAUGAAAAAUUGAAAUCAAGGGUAAAGGCCAUAGAAUUGCAGGCUACAAAUGCAUUGGAUGAAAAAUCAAAACUAGAGCGAGCACUAAGGGAUUUACAGAUUGUCCAGGGAGACCAGAAGGCAAUAAUCAGAUCAAAGGAUAUAAGUGACUUGGAAAACACAGUCGCAGCACUGAAGAAUGAGUUUCAGAAGACACUGAAUGAUAGCACUGAAAACCAGAAGACUUUGGAGGAAAACUUAGUGUCAACGAAGCAUGACCUUCUUAAGGCUCAGGAACAGUUGAGUGUGGCUGAAAAGGAGCUGGAGAAGAAGUUCCAGCAGACGGCCGCGUACCGCAGCCUGAAGGAGAUUCUCACCAAGAAGAACGAGCAAAUUAAAGACCUGAGGAAAAGGCUGGCAAAAUAUGAAACAGAAGAUUAAGAAAUAUGAAAAUUCUGUGAUUUGGAAACUGCCACAAAGUGACAUGUAGACCGUUGCAAUCCUCAGAUGUGGACUUGAAAGGGCCUGGGCCCACUUUCCUCUUUUUCUAAUGUUUAAAUGAGUUGGGCUGUUCGUUGGUUUAUUUCAGGAAAUGUAGGGGGAGGGGGUGUUGUUAAUUUUUGCUUUUCAAGAAAAAGGAUUUCUGUUUUCAUUUGUUUAAUUAGAAAGAAGGCAACAUAAUGAUUCUUAUCACUCUGCCAUCCAAAGUUUCUUUGCACUUAGGUAAUAUGAAGUCUCUUCUGUAUAUAGAAUUUCCUUUGAAAAUAGUGAGAGUUCCUUCUCAGUGUAGAAAAGAUUUUGUUCUGGGAAAGGGAAGAAGAAUCUUGCCCUUUUGACGUAAGUAUUAAAAAUCAUACCUUUUGUGUAACUAUUAAGGAAGCUGACAAUAUAUGUCUGUGCAUUCCCCAGGGGAAAAAGAAGUACAAGGAGUUAUUUCCACAUAACUGAAUUUAUUUUUAUUAAAAGUUGACCUUAAUGCAUUUUUCUGGACUUUUGUAGCAGGAGUCUGUCUGUCAUUGGAAGCCUAAACCUAAACCAGCCAUCAUUUAUGUCCAUGAAUUCCCUAUUGUACAGCAGCAUCAGACCAAGUCUAAUCAGUGUCUAUGAUGUCCUGGUAGGAUGCUUUGAAGGAUUGUGAGAGAUCUUACCGAGAGCCUUUUAGGCCAUUUUUUCCAAAAAGGAGGCAGGUCAGCUCUAUACUUCUCCAGUCACAGUGAGGAAUCAGAGCUCUGUGUCAGAAUAUUGGGAAUUAUUAGAAAAAAUGAGCACAGGGCAUCAUUUUUAGUUUUUGGUGCUUAGAAUUUUCUCCUGAGCUUCAUGCUAAGUAAGAGUACUUUUUUUAAGACUGAAUUACAUAGAAUGUCAAAGCCUGAGAACUAGAUUUUUUACCCCACAUUGUUACACACAGUGUCAAAAAUUGGGAAAUACACUCCCAAUUCUUCUUCUUCUUGCUGGGUGGCAUUGCAUUGCUCAUUAGAAUGUGCACUUUUAUCUCCUUAACAGAAAUCCAGCAUUUAACCCAGUCCUGAGAAUCCAUUUGAUUAUUCAGCAAGUUAAUUGGUCACACUUUAGAAGUGAAUUAGCUCUUCAGGAACCAGAAUGUUUCACUCACACCUAAUAAACACUGCCUGAAGAGACGUCAUUCCUCUCCUCAAAAUGAUCAUUUUCUCCCAGAAAGAAAUUGGCUUUUAAGAUAAGGCUUAUUAUCACUGAAUUAUGUUUCUACGUGUUAAUCUCACAAUGUAUUCUAACGUGUUUUAAAAAUAUAAAAAUAUUCUUAUAAAAAUUUUAUUCUUGACUUUUUUUUUUUAUGAAGUCAAGAAUAAAAUUAGUUGAACUUUCCCCAGAAGAGUACAAAGGAACUGUUAAGCGAUCUGCCAUGGGGAAGAAAAGUAGAGUUUUCAAUGUGCAUUUAUCUUAGAUUUUGGCGUCUUUUAUUACAGCUCUGUGACUCAGCCUUCCCAGUGUCCUUUUGAACUCUUUUGUUGAACCCUAAGCACGGAUUUUAGCAAUAUUGUCUUUCUCAAGACCUAUUAACUAUUUACAGUAAUGCUUAGAGGUAAUGUUAUCCUGGGACCAAAAACUCGAUCAUUCCAGAGCCGUGCUCCCACUUACCUGGGGAGUGAAUUUUUUCACUAGUAGGGUUUGAGUAUGUUUGCAGUGGUCACAUAUAGAACUGAUUAGCCGUGCUUUGACCUUUUGGUAGUUCCUUGGUAGUAAUUCUGCAUAGUGUAAUAUUGGUCCGUCAUGUUGGGUUGGCACAUCCCCAGGUUAACAAAACGCCUUCAUUCUGGGCUCUUCCAAUCUCACCUCACCCACCACCAGGUGCACUAAUUGGCUGUUAUGUGGUCCAGAUCAGCACGCUGCUGCUUCAUAGCCUAAGCUGGAAUUCUGCAUUUAACAAUCUUCAGCAAAAUAAAAUGUAAAAUUCUCAUUUCUUUGCAAAUUUUAGCUUUAAUAUAUGCCUCAUUUAACAAGGAAGUUUUCUUUUUCUUUUAGGUCUCUUGUUUUCCACUUUUAGGAAUAUUAGUUCAAUCUCCUGAGUGAUAUGCCAUUCAAUAAUAAUGCUUAUUUUAUUCCUAGCUCCUAUCGUCACGGCAUCUACUCUGAAAGGACGAGUUUUCUGCUCAAUUGUAAUGACUCCGACCCUUUGUAGGAAGAAUCAAAAAGUUAAGGAGUCUUCAUGUGAAUUUCUUCUAUUCACUAUAUGUUUAUCUUUUUGAUUCAUAUCAUGUACGACACCUUUAAUCUGUAUGUAUUAAAUAAAUCUUAACUCUCUUA